CCGACCCCCUCCCCGGCUAUAAAGGGCGGCCGGAGGGCCCGCACCCCCUCCUCGCCCGCUGCCAUGGCCGCGCUGCGCUUCGGGGAACCGCCAGCGGAGCCGCCCGCCUUCCCCGCCGGCAGGUGGGCGGGGGUCGGCGGGCCCGGCGCGGCCUCGCCCGCCCUCAGGGCGCUUCCCCCGGGGGAGCGGGGCCGGCCGGCGGCGGAGCCGUCAGAGGGGGCGCCGGCCGCCUCGCAGCGUCGGAAGCGGACCAGUUUCACGGCGGCGCAGCUGGAGACGCUGGAGCUGGUCUUCCAGGACACCAUGUACCCCGACAUCUACCUGCGGGAGAAGCUGGCCGACGCCACGCAGAUCCCGGAGUCCCGCAUCCAGGUCUGGUUCCAGAACCGCCGCGCCAAGUCCCGCCGCCAGCGGGGAGCGCCCCGGCCCGGCCCCGCCGCGCCGCCGCCCGCCGAGCCGCCGCCACCACCGAGCUACCCGCGGCCGCCGCGCUUCGCCGCCCUGCGCGCCCCGGAGCGGCCCCGCUACCGCCUCUCCGGCCUAGCCCAGAUCGUCCAGAUCAAGGAGGAGGGCUCGGCCCCCUACGAGUGGCCGCCGGCCGCCGCCUUCCCCCCCGGCCCCGGCUUCGAGGGCUUCCCGCCCAGCCAGCCCGCCGGGGCCGAAGCUGCCUCCUUCGCCGGGCCACCGCCGGCCGCGGGCCCCUGCCCGCCGGGCCGCCCGUUCUGCGGGCAGUACUCGCCCGUCUCGGAGGCUGAGGACACCAGCGGCUACUCGGAGUCGGGCUCGGAGUGGGAGGAGAACGCCCUCGGCGCCUUCCGAGCCCUGUGAGCGCCGGCCCGGGCGGGACCCGGCCCUGGGCCGGGGGUAAAACUGCACCCCCAGGCUGGAUGCCAAGUCCGGCCCCGCCAAACCC